AUGUCGGUGGACUUCAACGCUUUGGCUCAACAAUUCUGCAGCUUCUACUACGAUCAGUUCGACAAGGACAGAUCUCAGCUUGGAAACCUUUACUCUUCUCAGAUCCAGGGUGCUCGUAACAUCAUUGAGAAGCUUGUUGCUUUGGGAUUCAACAAGGUUGCCCACAGAAUCUCCACCUUGGAUGCCCAACCAGCCUCCGAAAACGGAGACGUCUUGGUCAUGGUUACCGGUGAAUUAUUGAUCGACGAGGAACAAAACUCUCAAAGAUACUCUCAGGUGUUCCACUUGAUUCCUGACGCAGGCUCUUACUACGUUUUGAACGACAUUUUCAGACUUAAUUAUGCUUAA